GAAGUGUUUCCGGGUCCCGCAGCCCGGCUGAUGUAGCUGCGGUUACGUUGCCGUGGUAGGUUGCGGCCGUUAGAGGGGCGAGGCCCGAGGGGCCGGCGGCGGCGGCGGCGGCUACGGGAACCUCCCGGCCGGUGUUAAAAGUGGAUUGUGGCUCACGUGUCAAAGGAUGGCACGCUCACGGUCACGGUCACGGUCUGGAUCCCCCAGGUGGAAACACAGGCCUUUAUCACCAAUACCUGAAUUCUACAGGCAAAGACCUUUUCAUGGGCAUUAUGACUGUGAAUAUAGGAAUGAUCCGAAAAGACUCACCACUUGGAGAACGGACAAUGAGCAACAUGGACAGAGUAAACCAAGGAUUCCUUCUCGUGGAAAUACGUAUUACCGACCUUAUGAACAUAGAUCACCUUCCCCAAACAUAAGAAGAAACUCUUUAGACUUUCAUACUUAUAAGCCUCAGCAAGUAUAUUUACCAGAAAGAGAGGAGAGUGAUAGAAGGUCUCAGUAUACGCCCAGAUACUCAGAGGGUGUAUCCUACAAAGAGCACCAGAGGAAUUACUAUCCCCAGCAAAUGCAAGGAAGGUAUAUUCCUGAUGACCACAGAGUUACAGGAAGUGGAACAGGAGGGAAACCACCUCAGAGGCCAAUAGCAGAUUCUUUUAGAUUCGAAGGAAAGAGGCAUGAAGAUGAGUUGAGGCACCAGAGGACACACGAUAAAAAAGAUUAUCAGUCACUUAGAAGAGGCUCUGAAGAUUUUGAGAAAUGGAGCUCUUUUCAGAACAGGUAUCCUGAGGAUCGUUAUUUCAGAAAACAUGGACACACAUCAGAAAGACCUACAGACAUGGAGAGGUACGAAAGCAGAGAGCCUGCCAGAAGCGCACAGCGGAAGUCCAGGCAUUCUUUUCUGCCUGAGAGGAAAGAUCACUGGAACCUGGGGUCCCAAGCUCAUCGACACUUUCAGAGGGAGCCCCCGGAGACCAGUUCAGCAGCCAGGGUAUCCAGCGACUAUCACCAUAGACGUCACAAGACCUCAGACGGGAACCAGGACUUUUCUGAUGGAAAAACUCAGAAGUACUCUAAGGAGGAAGAUAGAAAAUACAGUCCUCAAAAAGGCCCGGUGAAUAGACAGCCCAGUUGUUCUAAUGCUGGAAAAAGGAGAGAGCCUGAAGGUGGGCAAGUCAAAGAACCUCUUCAACCGUCUAAGAAAGACUGCACUACCUGUGUUCAUUCCAGUAAAAGUGAAGUUGGUUUGAGCGCCUAUGCUGGCAAAAGGAAGGACAAAAUAAAGAAAGAAGGGGAUGGCGGAAGAGAGAGCUACUCUUCCAGUAACCGACUUGAUAAAAGUAAACUUUCCAGUGUAAAACCUUCAUCUGCCGGUCUCAUGAGGAAAUCACUUAAAGUUACAGUAAAUGCAAAGAAAAGAGUAAAUUCAUCCAGGGUUGCUUCUAGCAACACAGAGAGACAGAUGUCACAUGAUUUGGUUGCUGUUGGCAGGAAAAGUGAGAACUUUCAUCCAGUGUUUGAACAUCUUGACUCAACUCAGAAUACUGAAAACAAACCUACAAGAGAAUUUGCUCAGGAAAUCAUAACUAUAAUCCAUCAAGUUAAAGCAAAUUAUUUUCCAUUACCCGACAUUACUCUACAUGAGCGUUUCUCAAAUAUACAAGAUACAAAAGCUGCAGAUGUAAAUGAAAUUAAAUUGAAUCCAGAUCCAGAAAUUCACAGGAGAAUAGAUAUGUCUUUGGACGAACUUCAGAGUAAACAAACUAUGGUAUAUAAUUCAGAACAGACUCUGGUCAAAGUAAUAGAUCCAAAUGACCUACGACAUGACAUUGAAAGAAGGAGAAAAGAACGGUUACAGAAUGAAGAUGAGCACAUUUUUCACAUAGAUAGUCCUACAGAGAGGAAUGAUCAGCCUUCCAGUUUUUCAAGUUUGAAGGAUACUGAUGAUGGAUUUGAAAAACCUCCGUGUUUUACAAAAUCAAAUUCUAGAAAAUUUAUUCAGGAAUGUCACAUGAAGUAUACGAUGCAGAGAAGCGGCAUUACUCACAAACUAUUUGGAGUUGAGGAAAACGAUCAAAACACAGAAGGCUUUACAAGACCUUUUAAGACCAACUUUAGAGAUGGAAGAUUUCAGCCCCAUUAUAAAUCAGGCCUAGUACAGACGAGUUUGUACAUUCAGGCUAAAUACCAGCGUUUACGGUUCACUGGUUCAAGGGGAUUUAUCACUAAUAAAUUCAGAGAAAGAUUACUGAGGAAAAGAAAGUUUUAAUAAUGUAAGAGCCUAGUAAAAGGAAUAUACAAACAUUGCCACAGCAAUCUAAUCGGGGAUUGUUACAAAUGGAAACGACACUACAGGAUAUUUGGGAGCAUCUCUUUGUCAGGAGUUAGAAUUGGCACUAAAGCACUAAUUGUAACUUUCUUGAUACAAUAAAUUUAUUUUUCUGUAGUGGAAUGCUGCAACUUUUUUACUCUUCAUUGCUUUUAAAUUACGGUAUUCAAUUGAAAAGUUGUAUUAAACUACAGUUUCUUUUGCAAAAAGUUUCAAAAGGGCAUUUAUUUGUUGAAUUUUUCUCUGAGCAUGAUUUCAUAGGGAACUUAACUGAGUUACAUCCAAACAUUUAUAUGUUGAAAGUUUUGCUUAUGUAAUAAAAACAAAAGUAUCUGAAUUGUAUAGUGUCUGUACAUGACAUAACUUUAAACAGUGGCCUUACGGUAGCAAGUUUUAUACUAGGUUUUUCUUUUUCUGAUGACACUUUGGCUUAUAACUUGAAGUUUUCUUAAGUUUCUGGAGAUCAAGGCCUAUAUAAUUCAUACAUUUCAUAUUGUGACAUAAGAAAGCGAGAGAAAAGGUGCUUCAAAUAUUCCAUCAGGUAGUUAUGAGUGCACUGAAUUUUUAGUAAUUGGUUCAUUCAUUGUUUUCCCACAACUGUUUGCUCUUUCCCAAUUUCAAAAUGCUAUUGUGGAAAAUACGUGAAGAUUUUGUAAUCUAUAUUCCAUCUUACUUUCCCUCAGGGCAAGCUUGUGCAUAUCAUAUUUUUAAAGGCUUUUUAAAAAUUUGACAAAAUCUCAUAUUUGGAAAUUGUACUUUACUACUACAGCGUUACACAUUUUGCAAGCACAUAUUAUAAAGUGUUUAAGUUCAGUUGUAUUGAGUACCUAUUAUGUAUAAGAUAGACGUGAUGGGAUUUUAAAUGAUAUUUUAGGCUUCAGUACCUUAUUUCUUUAUGUUUUCUGUGUUCUACUUAAUUGUACAUGUACA